AUGGACUGGGACCAGUUUGACUUGAACCCUAAAGUAAUUGCUGCCCUUAAGAAAGCUGACAUAAAAUCAAUAAAAGAGCUUUUAAAUCUUUCUGGAGCAGACUUGCAAAGAUUGAUGAAACUAUCCAGUGCAGAUAUACAGUGCUUACUGAAAACAGUCUCUCACACGCUGAGGAGAAAUAGUAUGCUUACAGCACUUCAGCUCUACCAAGAUAAAGACCAUCUCACCUCCCAACACCAGAAGCUAAGCCUGGGAUGUUCAGUACUAGAUAACUUGUUAAAAGGUGGCAUUCCUUUAGUGGGAAUCACAGAACUUGCUGGGGAAAGUUCUGCUGGGAAGACUCAGAUUAGUUUACAACUGUGCCUUUGUGUGCAGUAUCCUUACAAAUAUGGUGGAUUAGAGUGUG